AAUGGAGAUUGUGUAUGUGUACACAAAGAAGCGCAGUGAGUUUGGACGCCAGUGUAACUUUUCCGACCGUCCAGCUGAGCUGCAUGUGGACAUUCUCCCUGACACGUCCCUCGCUGCAAACUUCACAGUGAGAGAUCCGUGUAAUGUGACAGUUCAGUGUGCCGAGGAAAUGUCCGAGCAUGAGGUGAACACAGAGCGCUUUGAAUCAGAGUCCCGAGGAGUAAACCAUGUGGAAGGAGGGUGGCCGAAAGAUCUCAAUCCAGAGGACAUGGAGGCGACCAUCCGCUACAGGAAGAAAGUGGAGAAGGAUGAACACUAUCAGAACACCAUCAUGCAGAUUGCUGGUCUCAUGGAACACUGUUGCAAGCAGAACAACGCCACUGACAUCUACCAGGAGUUCUUUGAGGAUGAGGACGAGGAGGUAAUGGAGGAAUCAGAGGAGCAGCCAUCAGCAAAGACAAUCAAUGUCUUCAGAGACCCGAAUGAAGUGAAGCGUACAGCCACCAGUUUGUCCUGGCACCCCGAUGGCAACCAUAAACUUGCUGUGGCCUACUCCUCCCUGGAGUUUCAAAGAGCACCCAAUGACAUGAGCUUCGACUCCUACAUAUGGGACAUUGAAAAUCCCAACAAACCUGAAAUGACACUGAAACCUGUAUCUCCACUUGUAUGUCUGGAGUACAACCCAAAAGAUUCACACAUUCUUGUUGGGGGAAGCUACAACGGACAAAUCGCAUAUUGGGACACUCGUAAAGGCAGCCAGCCAGUAGAGAUGUCCACCAUCGAACACAGCCAUAGAGAUCCUGUCUACAAAGUCAUCUGGCUGCAGUCGAAGACAGGCACGGACAUCUUCUCGGCUUCUACAGAUGGUCAGGUACUGUGGUGGGACAUUCGGAAGAUGAGUGAGCCCACUGAGAGACUCGUACUAGACCCUAGUAAAAAGGGGAACCUUGAUAAUGCCCUUGGUGCAGUCUCGCUGGAGUUUGAGACCACUAUGCCCACUAAGUUCAUGGUGGGCACAGAGCAGGGUCUUGUGGUUUCAUGCAAUCGCAAAGCAAAAACCCCAGCUGAGAAGAUUGUGUGCACAUACAGCGGACACCAUGGUCCCAUUUACGCCCUGCAGAGGAACCCAUUAUUUCCUAAGAACUUCCUGACCGUGGCUGACUGGACCGCCCGCAUCUGGUCGGAGGACAUCAAAGAGUCCUCUAUCAUGUGGACCAAGUAUCACAUGGCCCAUCUGUUAGAUGGCUGUUGGAGUCCAGUCAGACCCUCGGUUUUCUUUACUGUAAAGAUGGACGGCACCUUGGACGUGUGGGACAUCUUGUUUAAACAGAACGACCCAACUCUCAGCCUUAAAGUUUGUGAUGAAGCCCUGUACAGCAUCCGAGUGCAAGAUAACGGCCGUUUCCUGGGCUGUGGCUCUCAGCUGGGAACUACCACACUGAUGGAGAUUUCAGCAGGCCUGUGCACACUGCAGAAGAACGAGAAGGCCCUGGUCUCGGAGAUGUUUGAACGCGAGACCAAGCGGGAGAAGAUUCUGGAAGCUCGGCACAGAGAGAUGCGUCUGAAGGAACGCAGCCGCUCUGAACAGAGCCGAGAGGACGAGGGCAAAGAGGCAGACGGGGAGGAGAGCGCAGCGGAGCUGGUGGCGCGUGCAGAGAGAGAGUUCUUCGACAUCAUGGAAGCUGAGAAAAAGAAAGAGGAGAAAGAACGAGAUACGGAGAAAGGUGUGUGUGAAGAGAAAGAUCUCCAGGAGGAGCAUGAAACUAAUGGUGUAUCGUCUUUUACCGGAAGAGAAAUCUCUCAGUAGAUUGCCAAAAAAGAGCUGUUCUCAUACUCGGAUCAUGUUCGCAACCCAUUUUACUUCCAUAAUGUGAUGUAUAUUUCUGAGUGAAAUGGGAUAUUCAGUGAGAAAACUUUUAUUUAUCAUGAACAUAUC